AUUUCUCAGUUUACGGGGUGCACUUGAAUGCACCAUUAAGUCCCUGUCGGCGCCCACACGCUUUAACGUAAAAAGAGAUGCUGCAGUCGAUUUUGAGGUGAGCUAGAGACCGUGCCUCUCCGGUGGACGGACGGUGUGACCGUCUCUGACACAAACUUUAAUUCGUCUGAGUGAGUCCACGGAUUGGCGCCUGUGAACAAGCUGUGUAACCGACGCGGGGAUUAAUCUGACGAGAGCUCGUCUAAGCCACAUCCACAGCGCAGCCUCGCUCGCUCUUCUCCUUUCUGCCGUCCCUGCGCUCCUUACGGUGCGAGGAAGCGACCCGGUCUCUGGGUAAACGAGGACACUCAUUUCUGUUGUGACAGUGUUAUUCUCGGCUGCCAAAUUAGCAGUCGACCAGUACAGAACACCGGCUUUCUCUCUUUCACAUGGGCGAAGACGUGGAGCGGUCCUGCGCCCAGACUCACCGCGGAGGAGACGUAGGAGACGGGGAAAGCGGAGCGUCUCUGGACGCGGACAGAGAGAGGAGAUACGCGGAGCUGUUCAAGCAGCUGGACUUGAAUAAAGAUGGGAGGGUUGACAUCAACGAACUGAGGACCGGACUGGCAGCUCGAGGGUUACACCAGGGAGAGGCAGAGGAGAUAGUCCUCGAGAGCGACAUCAACCAUGACGGUUUGCUGGACUUCCAGGAGUUCUCUCAGUACCUGCGGGCGCAUGAGAAAAGGCUGCGGCUCAUGUUCCACAGUCUUGACCGCAACAACGAUGGUCAAAUUGAUGUGGGAGAGAUCCAGCACUCACUGUACAAGCUUGGAGUGAAGGUUACCAUGGAGCAGGCCUCCAGAAUACUGCAGAGUAUGGACAAGGAUGGCACUAUGACCAUUGACUGGAUUGAAUGGCGUGAUCACUUCCUGUUCAACCCUUUUCACAACAUGGAGGAGAUCAUCCACUACUGGAAACACUCCCAUAUGUUUGACAUUGGGGAACAUCUGACGGUACCAGAUGAGUUUUCAGAGCAGGAGCGGCGGACAGGUCUGGUGUGGAGGCAGCUGGUUGCUGGAGCUAUGGCAGGAGCUGUGUCCCGGACAGGAACUGCUCCUCUGGACCGCCUGAAAGUCUUCCUGCAGGUACACGGCUCUACGUCUCGGGGGAUUAAUCUGUGGUCUGGACUGAGAGGGAUGGUCCAGGAGGGAGGCGUCAUCUCACUCUGGAGGGGAAAUGGCAUUAAUGUCCUCAAGAUUGCACCUGAAUCUGCCAUUAAGUUUAUGGCCUAUGAACAGAUCAAGUGGCUGAUCCGAGGCAGUAAAGAGGGGGGCAGUUUAAGGGUACAAGAGAGGUUCAUUGCUGGCUCUCUGGCAGGAGCUAUUGCCCAGACCAUCAUCUAUCCCAUGGAGGUGCUGAAGACUCGUCUUACAUUGAGGAAGACAGGACAAUACUCCGGUAUGGCUGAUUGUGCCAGAAAGAUCCUGAAGACGGAGGGAAUUCGGGCCUUCUACAGGGGCUACCUGCCAAAUACACUGGGCAUCAUCCCCUAUGCUGGUAUUGACUUGGCUGUGUAUGAGACUCUGAAGAACGCCUGGCUCCAGAGGAACUGUGCACAUUCAGCAGAUCCAGGAGUUUUGGUCCUGCUCGGCUGUGGCACAAUCUCCAGCACCUGCGGCCAGCUGGCGUCCUACCCCCUCGCUCUCAUUCGGACACGUAUGCAGGCACAAGCCAUCACUGAGGGUAAACCCAAGCUGACCAUGGUGGGCCAAUUCAAAUACAUCAUAUCUCAUGAAGGUGUACCGGGCCUUUAUCGCGGCAUCACCCCCAACUUCCUAAAAGUCAUUCCAGCUGUCAGUAUGUCCUACGUGGUGUAUGAGCACAUGAAAAAAGUCCUCGGGGUGGGUUACUAGACUGAGACCAAGAAGAGAGAUUAACAACAAAAAGGACAGAGAAAGCAAAGACUUUAUUAUGCAUGUCUGAAGAAGCAGAGGUGAAGUGAUGAUACAGCUCCUAAGACAUCAGCAGGGAAAGAAAGAAGUCUAGAAUGAGGACAGAAGAGAAAAGACGCCAUUUAACAGAUGGGGAUGAUACUGCUGUACAGUAUGCUGCACUUCCUGUUGACUUGUUGUGGAAUUUGGAGAAUGAUGUUAAUGUUUGUCCACUUUGACACCAUUAUGCCACAUACACACAAGAAAUGCAGUUAGUCCCAGUGUAUUUGGAUUUUAACUAAUGUCUCAACUUGGUCCUCAGCACACAGUCAUAAAUACAUUUUACAGUUUUUUUGGAUUGCUUAAGCACGAUUUUCAAAACAGGGCCCGUGUUUUCAAAACACUAGACACAAUUAGCACAACCACACACCCAAAUAGCAAAACACUACAGAUGCUUUGCAUAAUUAAACACUCUUGUAAAAACUAUACACUUCUGUUUAAAAACCACACUUUUCACCACACGUUUCACAUUACUAUACUCUGUUUGCACGAGUUACACUCUGCUGUGAUAAACCUAAAACACUUUUAGCACUUCUACUGCCCUAUGAUUAGAGUAGGCUACCAUCAACAAAGUACAAAUAUAAUGUAAACUCACCAAACACUACACAAGACCAAUGUUGCAGACUGAAGAAACUCAUUUAUUUCUCAACGCCCAAAAUGUUGACAUGGAGAUUCAUAAUACUGUAACAAAAUGUCACUUUACGUAGUGUACUGUAAGUUUACUGUAAAAAAAUCAACAUCGCAGGCAAUGUUUCAAGAAACGUCUUGAAUGACGAAUCCAUCCUUGCAUUGCCGCUAUCUCCAUCUGGUCACAGGCCUCCUCCACGGCUUGGAUGAGGGGUACCUCAGCCUGGAGACGGAGAUCCUUUACCUUCCACUGCCAUGCCGAGAAAAACUCUUCUAUAGGGUUGAGGAAUGGAGAGUAUGGUGGAAGAUAUAGGACGGUGAAAUGUGGAUGUUGCUGAAACCAGUUCUGAACCAGAGCAGAGCGGUGGAAAGACACUUUGUCCCAGACAACAAUGUAUUGCAUAUGAUCGAUUUGAUUUGCUGCUGUUAUGUUGUGCAAUCGGUCCAAGAAUGUAAGUAUGAGUGCUGUGUUGUAAGGGCCCAUAUGGGCAUGGCGGUGGAGGUCCCCAUUCUGUGUAAUGGCUGCACAGAGUGUUAUAUUAACCCCACGUUGCCCUGUGGCCAAUGAUGUUUCUUCCCCUCCUUCGUGUUCUCGUCAGGUUGAACCCAGCCUCAUCUACGUAAAUGAACUCAUGCUGGAUCUCCUCUCCAUCCAUUUGUAAAACUCUCUGAAGAACAGUGUCAGGCAAAAUUGUGUAGUUCAGUGUAGAUCUAGUAUACAUAUUACAGUACAGUAAAAGAUUACGAGACUGUAUGCAAGAUCACACUGCUAAAGUGAAUACAUACCUCUGCAUAUUCAUUCCGCAUUCGUUUCACCCUUUCGGAAUUGCACUCGAAAGGCACUCGAUAAAUUUGCUUCAUUUGAAUAUGGUUUUUUUUUAGGAUGCGUGCCAGUGUUGAUGUUGAGACCUGAUGGAUAUCGUUGAAACUUAUUGACAAUGUUAGCUUGGAGCUGAUUGAGUGUUAUAGCAUUGUUGGCCAAAACCAUGUUUACUAUCUCCCUCUCUUGCUGUUCUGUGAACAUAGGAGGCCUUCCCCCUUGUCGUUCCUGACCCUCAAUCCUAUGUAGAAAAAUAAAAACAGUAUACAAUAGUACAGUAAUUUCACAGGAAAAGGUAACAGAAGUGCUGAUAGUGCAUAGAAUACUGUACUGUAAGCAGUUACUGAAACCGUGCAGAUGUUUUUGAUAUGAUGAUAUUUUUACAAAAGCUAUUUUCAUGUCGAAAUGUUCUUAUCACACUUGCCACUGUGUAUUGGCUUAGAUUUGGCUGUACUUGCAGUCCAGCCUCCCUCAGCGUCAGGCCGUUGUUGACAACGUGGUCGACCAGUGUUGUGCGGAUCUCAUUUGUCAGAUUCGGUCCUCUUUGAGCACCUCCUUGUCUUGUCUCUUGACUUCUUCUGUCUUCUUGUCUCUGACUCUUUCCAUUGUGCUUGAAGACCAAUGAACUCACCUGCUGCUUUUUAUAGUGCUUAUACACCUGAUUGGUGUGUCUACAAUUAAGCAAACAAGUGUUUGCACACCUGAUGACUGUGUUGAACCAAUUGGUUGGACGGUGCGGUAAUUUGACAGUCAGUGCUUUGGUAUUGCAAGGAAGUGACUUCAUGAUAGAUUUGUGUGUGUAAUGUAUGAUAAGUGUGUUUAGUGUUUUGCAAAUCACUGUGUGUAGAGUUUUGCAACAAGUGUGAGGUUGACAGUGUACUUAUAGUUGUGCAAAUAUGGGCUGAUGUUUUGCUUCUUGAGUGUAAGGUUUUGCUAAUAGUGUACUACUUUUAAUUUUAGUGUGUAAGCAAUCCAAAAAAACUGUAAUGUAAGUUGGGGUCACAUAACAAUCUGAAAUACUAUGUAUGAUGUCAGGCUUUAUCAGUAGGACUUCUGAAAUACCAAACAGUACAAUUACACUGUUCACGUUACAAAGAAAUCUACCAAGAAUUGGCCGACUCAGUGAGUUGCUGGAUGGCGUUACAGAUCUAACUAGCUAGCUUGUUUUUGCUGGAGCCCUCUGCAUGAGGAGCUCCACUGUAUCAGUGCGGUGGUGUCGUUGAAAUGAAUGAGGGGGUUGUGUUUUUUCAGGCAGUGCUGAUGUCGGUCUAAACACAGCCUUUUCCAAAUGUAGCACUUUAGGCAGUUCAGCAUAUUUGAUGACGUUGAUGUACUUUAAUGAUUCUCACUAUGUUCGGAUGGUAUCCACAUGAUUAAAACUCACCUAUUGUAAGUCCCUUUGGAUAAAAGCUGAAUAUAUGUAAUGUAAUGUGGAGAGCUGCCACUUUUGUGAAAAUAGCUAUUUGGGACUGCUGCAUGAACGGUUUCAAUUGAUUAUUUUUUUCAAAUUGCCUCCACUUCUCGCCAUGUAACCAUGGUAACCCAAGCAUUUUACUGCAUUUUACUAAGCAGUGAGCAUUUGUCCAGUCUGGGCCAGAAAACAAUGAUUUAUAAUAUUAGCUAAACCUAUUAAUGAUGUCAUAUUGCUAACUCUUUCCUGUAUUUGGACCUGUAGGUUCAAAUACUGUUAAUAUAUUAUUUCAUGUGAUGAGACUACAGAAGUAGUGGAUUGUGGUAACAUGGACAUUGUUGGCAGUAGCUGUGGUUUUGCCUUGUUGGUAGUCUUUCAAAGUCUACACUUUGAAUGUGUAGAACACUCAAAGAAUUUAAAAAGUAUUUUAUCACUAAAAUCAGUUCCAAAAUCAGUAAAAGGUUCUCCACAGGAAAUCUUAGUCAAUUUGUAUUGCCUUUUUAGGCUGAAUAUAACCUCUGUAUAUUGCAAAAAGCAUCCUCCUUUUUCUUUUUUAAUUUAGUUUUCUGCUGUGCACACUGUUGUAGAAACACAGUAUUACCAAACCAGAAUGGACAGAACAUUUAUAUCAACAGAGGUGCUUCAACAAAGAAUCUGACAGUAGCUGCAUGGUGGUAUCCCUAAAUACAAGUGCUUCUACUACUUUUCUUGACUAACUUCGAAUGUGCUGAAGACAUGCAGUGUGGUAUGUACCGUGUUUGUUUGGUCUGCCGGUGCUGCUCAUGGCUCUUUUGAACCCUCAGCAUCUCAGUUCAAACAGUAAGAAAACAAGGACUGUGAAAUGGUACCAGUAGUCUGAGGGCAGUUUGGGAUUUGAACAGCUACACUGGUGUUUUGUUUCUGUGUUCUAGUCAUUUGAAAUGACAGGUGUGAGGUUGAGUUUCAAUGUUAUUCUUGCAAAUUAAAAAUAAUGAGCUGUGUGGGUUGUCUGUCUGGCAGCCUCCUCAGCUACUGAUAUCAUGAACAUCAUCACAGUUUAACAAUAUUUUAUCUGUCCAAUUUCAGUUUACCACUGAUAUCCAUGAGCCUCCAACUCAUAUUUACCUCCAGCUGCUGAAAGAAAGUAACUAAUAUCUCCCAGUGUUGCAUAUUGAACUAUUUUUAUAUACCUUAUUCCCUGCACUGGAGCUUCAGCCAAAAACAUAAACCUUAGCUGCAUGAAGAAAUGGAAUAUGGACAAAAGCAAGUUUUAAAGAAAAGAGGAAAACAAAUGAUUGUGUAUCUGUGCAUGAUUUUUAAAAAUUAUAUUUAGGUACAACUGAACCGCACACAACCUUUCUAUAGUAGUUUGUUGGUGCAGUUCAGAAGCAGCGGCAGCACGUAAAGGGAGUGGUGAUACACUCCCACAGACUUUGAAUGUCAUUAUUUGCAUAGUAGGCAAAGACUUAUAUUAUGAAUGCCUAAUUCCCUGCAGAUUUUUUGUUUUGCUCCCUUUCAAGCAUACUUGAAAUGAUGAUUGCUUGUUGCCACUGGGUCCUUGCAAGCAUGACAUACAAUAUUUGUAAAGCAUGAGUGCAUGUUUCCAAACCUUUUGUGAAUGUGUAGCCAUGGCUUCAGUGUUUGGGGACUGUAUUGCCUUUCUUCUACGAGCUAUUUUCAACCCAAAAUAAAGAGCUGUUGUAGAAUGAGUUUGAUAACAAACACCACAAAAAGAGCUUUCUAGUUUUGAUAAAUUGUCUAUGUCAGUCGAAUGUGUAUGUGCACUUUACAUGCCCUGAUUGAAUUAAAUCUGUGACAUUGUACAAAGAA